AGAUUUUUAGUAAAUAAGAUAUAAUGAGGAUGAGAUGUUGAGAUGUGAGGGUUGACAAUUUGACCCUCUCAAAAAUUACAAAAAUGUCCAAAUUGAAACUUCUAAAGCUAGUCCAAGUCUUUUCGCCUCAAAAGGCACUAUUUUCCUCGUCAAGUGGCACAUCCUUGCAAAACAGUUUCAUAUUUUCGUACCGGUUAUGUCACCGAGUGUCACCUAACCUCAAUCUGUCACGUCCGGCGCUAAAUUUUCGAAAAUAUUCGGAUAUCGCCGACAAAAAACACAUUAAUGUGGGUACAAUUGGACAUGUCGAUCACGGAAAAACCACCCUAACCGCUGCCAUCACUAAAAUAUUGCAAAAAGAUGGUCUUGCCUCCUACGUCUCGUACGACGAGAUUGACAAAGCCCCCGAAGAAAAGGCGCGCGGAAUUACGAUAAACGCGGCCCAUGUGGGCUACAGCACGAAAAAGCGCCAUUACGCUCACACUGACUGUCCCGGGCAUGCCGAUUUCAUCAAAAAUAUGAUCUCGGGGGCCUCCCAAAUGGAUGGGGCUAUUUUAGUCGUGGCGGCUACCGACGGCCAAAUGCCCCAAACCAGGGAACACCUGCUGCUUGCGAAGCAAGUCGGGGUGAAGAACAUUGUGGUUUUUGUGAAUAAAGCCGACUUGGUGGAUAAUGAGGUUUUAGAGUUGGUUGAGCUCGAAAUUAGGGAGUUGUUGGAAGAUUUCGGGUUUGACAGUGAAAAUGCACCAGUGAUUUGUGGGUCUGCGUUGAAAGCUUUAGAAGGGGAACAGUCAGAAUUUGGGGAGAAAGCAAUUAGGAAAUUGUUGGACACUCUGGAUGAGUAUAUUCCAGUGCCUGAACGUGAUUUUAAGUCACCUUUUAUGGUCCCCAUUGACAACACUUUCCUUGUCCCCGGGAGAGGGACAGUCGUUGUAGGAACUAUUCAUAGAGGAAUUGUCAAGAAAAACGCAAGUUCUGAACUCGUGGGUUUUGACACAAAAUUAAAGACAACAAUCGGAGAUAUACAAGUUUUCAAAAAAAGUGUCCCUGAAGCAAAAGCUGGCGAAAACGUCGGUCUUUUGCUACGAAACGUGAAACUGAAAGAUAUCCAAAGAGGGAUGCUAUUGUGCCAAGCAAAUAGUGUUACGUUAUCGAAUAGGUUUGCUGGAAGCAUUUACUUCCUAGCGAAAAAUGAAGGCGGUAGAUCGAAACCUGUCACGGGAAAAUACAUCCAACAGUUGUUUAGCAAAACCUGGAGUAUAUCGUGUAGAGUUGAUCUAGCUAAAGGUGUUGAAAUGAUAAUGCCCGGUGAACAUGGACAAGUUGAACUUACACUUUUAUCAAAAAUGGUAAUGCUGCCUGGGCAAACCUUUACAAUUAGGGAAAAUAAAGUAACAGUAGCGACUGGAAUUAUCACUGCCACUCUCCCUGAAGUUGUAAUUACGAAAAAUUUAGGCAAACUUGAAUUGGGAUGAAUUUAAUUUUACAAUAAUAAACGAUUAGGUUUU